AGUCACGUCACGUGACUUUAACAAUACAAACCCUCUGUUUCUGUUUCCUCUUCACUAAAUGGUGGAUAAUACCAAUACCAAAGAUCCUCCAUACUAACUGUCUCUGAUAAUAGCUCAGUAGUCUUUGUUCGGAUGUACAAAUAACGUUAAGUUUUAAAAUAUAACGCCAACAUGUCAGAAAGGCACCGCCGGGCGCUGCCGCCAUGGAUGGCGAAGAAGGAAGAGAACGUGAAAAAGGAGCCGCUGAAGAGCAGGAGAAAACAGAAAACUACACGGGCUGCUUUCUACUGUAUGAACGAGAAAGAGCUGGUAGAGGCAGCUGUUUCAUAUCUUACCAACGCUGCCUGCGCGGACGUGGAUCUCCUGACUGACCAAAAGGUUGAAGACAAGGCAGUAGAUAACCUUGUGAAAAUAAGGGAGAACACUGCCACUUCCAAGGCGAUAGCAAAGCCGGUGACUUUAGAGGAGGAGUCCUCAGACUGCGGUGAUGCCUCGGAGAAGACAUAUGUUUCAGAAACAGACUUAGACAUUACAGAGGUGGAAACAUUGCCGUACACUAAGAGCCCGCAGCAUCAGGGACCUGGGGGUCAGGAGUCAGGACCAGUACAGGAUCGUGGUGGUCUUGUGAAUGUUGGACUGGAGGCUGAGGAAAAAGAGGAGCACUCACAGAUGCCGACAGAGGCAGCAGAGGAGGAUGAUGCUAUGCGGCUUGUGCGAGAAAUCUUUUUCACCUGACCACUGAAAUGUGCACUAAGCUUUAAAGUGUUGCAUGUGCAAUAAACGGAAAAUAUUCUCUUGUACCACCAAACAACUCCUCUAUAAAGCUACAAAUUGGAGAACUGAUCCUUUAAUGGAUGUCACUGACAAGGAUGUACAAUUUGGCACAGCUCCAAAGACAGUGGAUAGAAAUACUGACACCUUUAAGUUACCAAGGUUUUUGCAUCGACAUGGGGUGUAUACUUCUAAUGACAGCAUCUAAAACCCAAUUUUCUGUGAGAAAACCUAAUUAAGCAUCCUGCAGUAUGUUAAUGGCGCUGCUAUAUCCUUUACAUCCCACUGUAUUGUUUCAUUUAACUGUCUGUGGGUACACACAUGAAUUAAAGGAACACGCCGACUUAGACUGGGCUUAUUCACAGUAACCCCCAAAGUUACACAAGUCGAUACAU